AGCACCCAAAGGGCUUUUUUGAGUGCUCGUUCCUUGAAAACAUGUCUCUCAUCAUUUGCUGCUGGCCUUAACCACGGUGGGGGUCUUUUGGCUAUUGUAUUGAUGUUCAACUCAUACUUGAAGAACGGUUCAAAAUAAACUAAAUCUCAUACAGAAAAUUAGGAUCAAAAACAAAGAAACAACCCUGAAAAUAAAUAAAUAAUUCAUAAUAUGCAGAAGAGAGAAGUGUCAAAUGGAAAUUCAAACUUCAUUCGAAAAUAUGGAAGAAAAAGAAUUCCUUGUCGUGACGUCUCGUGUGUCAAAAACCAUAGUUUUUUUCUAUACAUCAACUUAUAGUCAAAAUGUAUUUCAUACUAAAAUACAUGGACUAUCAUGAAUUCAGACAACAAUCUGAAUUAGAUCUCCAGCCACCAUCUACGAUUCAAAUAGGCAUCAGACAAAAAUCAGAUGAAUCAAGCCCUACCAAAAUGAAAAGUCGAAGUCAGACAUUAUCCAGUAUUAAACAAAGUACUUCUGUUAGUACAGCAAAUGCCCUUUCUACCGAUUUACUUCCUCAACCCAUGCUUCCUGAAAACAAGGAAGUGUUGAUAAAUCCUGAUUGUUACUUGGGAUCCAUUCUAGAUUAUAUAUGUGAGGUUGCUACUGUACCAAGGAAUCUACAUUUCUCUAUGUGUACAGACUCAACCGAUCUGUUGAAUGUUCAUGAUGCACCACUUAGUACCCCAGGACUUGAAUUCUUCAUCCCAAAAGAAACGUAUUAUGUGAUGUUGAAAGAUUAUGAUCUUGAUGGGAACGAAGUAAAUUAUCCACUACUUUACAAGAACAGUGAAGUAUAUGCAUAUUUUAUGUCCAAAUUCAACAAUGGAUUACCUGAGCGACAAGAACCAAAGAUAAGUACUACUAGUUCCAUAUCCAAUGUUAAAUUGAAAUCUAAAGAAACAAUAAGAUCUAAGGAAACUGUCAAAUCGAAAAGAAUCAAAAGUGCGACUACAAACAAAGAAGGUAAAACUCAGCCAAGCACAUUACCUCCAAUUAAGAAGUGAAACUUGUACAAAUAUGAAUUAUAUCAUUUUCAAUGAGAA